AUGCUGUUCAGAUCCAAGAUUUCGGGAUCAAAGCUGGCAGUUCCAGAUUGGCUUGGUCGCUCUAAACCUCGCUCACCGUCGCAGCGAUCUGAGCUCAAUGAAAAAUCACCAGCUUCGGAGCAGGGAUCCUCGUGCUCACCGUCAAGCGUUAGCCUUACUCACGCUGAACAAAAAGCACAAAGUGCCAACGCAUUAUAUGCAGAUACGACCACACCCAACACAGCUUGGGCAGCUUUAAAUAUCUCACUUCGUCGGCUGAGAGAGAGCUCAGGCUUAUUACCUCGGCUGGGCUCAGCUAUAGAUGAUCUACUCGGCUUUUCCGAUACGAUGGAGAAAGAAGGCACUAAUAAUGAGAUGAAACUUAUAUCAGAGCUCAAGGAACUGUGCGACUCGCUCGCCGAGCGGCUAGUAAAACAAGGUCAUUGGAGUGCAUCGGAUUGUAUGUAUGGACUCGUCACCGAGAUAGAACGAAAGGCACAAGAAACGGAAGCAGGAGAACAACAUCCUGAGCUCAGUCAGCAGAUCCGUUUGGAACAAGAGAGUAGCGGCGAAGAAACGGAGUAUUAUUGGCGAGUGAUUGAGCUUCUGAAGCAGCUUGAGGCAGGUGUACGCUUGCGUAUCAUGGACAAUGAAACUCACAUAGUGUCAAAACUAAAGUAUAAUCUCAAGGCAAAAAAACGGGCACACAUACAGCAGAUCGUGGCGAGCACACUCGAGGAAACGCUGUGCCCAGCAAGGAAAGCAGCAUAUAGCUCGUUUAUGUCAAUAGGGAUUGGACGCAGAGCAUGCACUAAAGGGACACAUACAGAAGUCUUGGCAUCUCUUGAUCAAUGGCUGUACGACCCUAAUGCACCCAGAGUCUACUGGAUGAAGGGUAUGCAAGGAGUUGGCAAGACAACAAUAGCAUACACGCUCUGCAAGCAACUUGAACAUCGAGGGCUGCUGGGUGCAAGUUUUUUUUGCACUCGCACCUCCGCCGAGUGUCGAGACACAACACGGAUCAUACCGACAAUCGCAUAUCAGCUUUCCCGUUACUCCAUGUCAUUUCGACUUGCAUUACACGGAAUUCUUGAAGCAGGGGCUGGGGCCCAUCCAACAAGCCCAGAAACGCAAUGGGAGCGGUUGGUUCAAGAUCCACUGGAGAAGGUCGGAGACGCCGUCUCUGAUGGUGCUGUGGUUGUGAUCGAUGGCUUAGACGAAUGUGACGAUGAUCAUAGUGGUAACGGAAGUAGCAUACUCGAUGUGCUGCUCCGGUGCUUUACGGGCUUACCACUGCGAUUAUUUAUAUCGACCCAGCCAACGUCAUAUAUGUGGACAAAUACAGCUCAAGAACACGCACCGUGCGCAAGGUUGGACUUGGAUGCCCUGGAGCCUACGUGUCUGAAAGCCGAUAUCUUACGGUUUCUCGAAGAGGAGCUAUCAUGUGUGCCGCUCUCAUCAGCUCAGCUCAGUCAGCUUGUGCUCCAAUCCAGUCUCCACUUCAAGAAUGCGGCCUACAUCGCCCGUACAGUCAAAUCCGGUUACCGACGGUCAGACAGAUAUAAGCAUAUUCUUUCGGUGGUCGAGAUGACAUCCGAAGUUGUGACACAAAAUGCAAGGAUUAGCGAGCUUUUCAGGACUGGACUUGACUGCAUCCAAAACGCAGGAUGGAAGCACCCGAAUGCUGAGCAAUUCAUACGAAUGCUUGUAUGCCUUAACUUGUUUACCCGGGAGCCGAUCAGUGUGGAUACCGUAGCUGGAUUGUACGAAAUAUCCGACGUACAGAGAUUAUAUACGGUGUUGCGGCCGCUGCUGAGUGCGCUGCGUCCGGUAACUGGUAACGAACUGGCGUUAGCAAGUAGUGAAUCUGGCCCACUACCAACCCUAGCACACUACUUAUCGAUGGAGCAAUUUAGCUAUACAUUAUACAGUCAAGAUCUAGCAGAGCGAUGCUUCAGAAUAAUGGAGCAGCAGCUACGGUUCAACAUAUGCGACCUGCCUUCAUCCUGCAUCCUUGACCGCGAUGUCUCCGACCUACAAAACAGGAUACAACGCAAAAUCUCGCCCGCACUCUCAUAUGCGUGUCGACACUGGGCUGAUCACCUUGCGCACUCACCACAUUCAGGCAUCCUACGGAUCCUGCUCAGGGGGUUCCUGACCAAGCGACUGCUGUUCUGGCUAGAGGUGCUUAGCGUGAGAGGCGAGUUGGUGGUAGGCACAAAUUCUCUGGGGAAGGCAAAAGGUUGGGUUGUGCAAUCGAAGCAGCGGACACCUGACAUGGCGCCCCUGCUGGACGACUCGCUGAAGUUUGUGGCAGGUUUUGCGUCGAGCGGAGCGGCGAAGUCUACUCCGCACAUAUACAUCUCAUGGCUUCCAUGGUGGCCGAGGUCGAGUCUGGUGUACAAAAACUAUUGGCGCCGAACACAGGGGCUGCUGGAACUCAAGGGCGGCCUGAUAAACUGGCAUAGAAAUACAGCCGCAUUGAAUACCUGGAAUACUCAAUCUCAAGUAUUUUCGGUUGCCUGUUCACUGGAUGGGAGUCGAGUUGCAAUUGGAUGCAAAAACGGAAAAGUGAGUAUACGAAACGCAUACAAUCAGGCGUUACUUGUUAGUCCAUUCAAGGCCCACACCAACUGCGUUCGUUCGGUUGUAUUUUCGCCUGAUGGCGGAUUACUUGCCUCAGGUUCAGAUGAUUUCACUAUCCGAGUAUGGGAUGUGCGCACUGGUACUCCUGUUGCCGGCCCGUGUCAGGGUCACACCCACUGGGUCUGGUCGAUUUCGUUCUCACCCGACAGCAAGCGCAUAGUCUCUGGCUCCUUGGACAAGACCGUUUGUAUAUGGGACACUGGUGGUGCACUCCUUGUGGGCCCGUUGCACGGUCAUACCGGCUCAGUCCUUUCCGUGACGUACUCACCCGACGGCACUCUCAUUGCCUCUGCUUCUGCCGACAAAACUAUCCGACUAUGGCGCUCGGACGACGGCGCCCCUGUUGCUUCCCCCUUUCGAGGUCACACAGGCUCUGUCAACUCUGUUGUGUUCACUCCCGAUGGCAGUCGACUUGUCAGUGGGUCAGGCGACAAGGCCGUUCGUGUGUGGAGGGUGUCUGAUGGGUCAGCCGUGACCACUCGCUUUCCGAGUCAUACGGGUGGUGUCAACUCGGUGUCAGUAUCGCCUGAUGGCACACUUGUUGCAUCCGGCUCUCAUGAUCAUACUGUACGAGUGUGGAGGACUAGCAAUGGGUCACUUGUUGCGGGUCCAAUUGUUGGUCACACGGACAUAAUUUGGUCAGUUAGGUACUCAUCGGAUGGGGGUCGAAUCAUCUCUGGAUCUUCUGAUGAGACCGUCAGAAUAUGGGCAAUUUAUCCCCCUCUUCAGGUCACCUUGCCUGUAUCAUUCACACAGUAUGGUAGCUCCAACGGCCAGCCUAUAUGGAAAUGGCAUAAUUCCCCGAUUGUCACCCCCAUCCCCUUGUAUCGAAUCGCCCCCCCAGGGACAGACUUACCCCUUCAUGCCGCAUACAGCCCCAUUGAUCAUAGCGUUCAGGUCAUUAGCACUCUCGAUCAAUCUCAUGUUGCGGGGCCACUUCAUGGUCAUACCGAUCAGCUCACAGCAUUUGCAUUUUCGUCCGCCUCUAGCCAUUUAGCUACUGGGUCGCGCGACUGUAGUGUACGUGUGUGGGACCUAUCAAGAAAUACACUGGACGCAGGUCCGUUCUGGGGUCAUGGUGGAGAAGUCACAUCUGUGUCACUAUCGCCGGAUUGUUCCCGAGUGGCGUCGUACUCCAAGCAAGAUCAGACGAUACGGGUGUGGAAUACGCGGCAUACAGUGCUCAACAUCAUGCUACCAUUCAUUCCAUCGCCUAGUCCUAUAAUACCGAUACGCUGUCGCCCCUGGCGUCUGAAAAGUUGGCAGAUAAGAGAGGAUGGAUGGGUCACAGACGAUAUCUUAGGACCAUUGAUGUGGAUACCUCAUGAGCUUACCUCUUGGCACAUCUGGCCAUCACCACAUCUCGAGUACGUUGCCACAGAAGACAGAGUAUGGCACAUCCCGCAACAGGAGCUGCUGUUAGGUGCCAGGUGGUCGGGAUGCUACGUCUCCGACUAG